AUGUCUUUCCACCCCCAGACGCCACAGAGCCCCUGCAACUUUUCGCCCGCAACCUCGUCGGACCCGAUGACGGGACUCUCUGCCUCGUCCGCCGCGGCCAGCACCGCCACGCUCCCGACGCCCGCACACAGCGUCAACGGCUGCAACUCGCAGCCCGACGCGACCAUGUCUGAAGAGUCGCCGCAUAAAAGGAAGCGGCCGUUGGACGAUGUUGGUGACCGAGACCGGAAGAAGAUGCACCUCGAGGACCGCAAGCUGGGUAUUGAGGACCUGCACCUCGAUGUGGGCGACAAAUAUCUGCUUUGCCAAACUCGUAAGACGGCUCUCUCUUACCUCUGCUCUUGUGUCCUUGCCGGAUUGCGGCGGCAAGAGCCGCACCCGCGAACCUCGGAAGAUCUGUACGCCAAGUACGGCCUCACCAGCCUGGCCGCCGAAGUCGCCCGUGAAAAGCCAAAUGGCGAGAAGAAUGCACUCCGCAAGACUUACAAGGGCCACAUUAAGCGAUUAGGCGUCGCUGGCCAUUUCGAUGUCCAGAAAAAGAAAGAGGGCGAACCCUCCGAUUUCCUGGCCAUGCUCCAGGUGCCAGAGCUCGAGUGGAGUGUUCAUCAGGUUAAGGGCCGAGAGAUCACCGACGGGCUUUCGCAAGCUACUAUGUCUGCUAUGGGACGCGCCAUGACCAUGGCCAAGGGACCUAUUCCCAGGGGCAUUUGGGAUAGCUCCGUCUUGGGCGAUGUGGCCCCAGGCAGCGGGGAGGCGUCCAAGCCCGUGUCCGCGAAGCCAUCCGCGCCCAACACGCCGUUGGCUUCAUCACCCAACGCCAUAGGUCGUUCGAAACCGCAGGUGCCGACGGGGCAGGACCUUUUGAGGCCGCGGCGAAACAUUAAGAAGCGAUCGUACGGGGAUUCGAGCUACGAGGGCUACCAAGAGGGCUUCCCCGAUGAUGAUACGGGAUACUCUACAGGAGAAGGUGAGGGCGGGCAGAAACGGCGAAAGAAGGUGGGCAUUCCAGAUCGUGGCGAUGAUGGCUUGCACACCUCUGACGCGACACAGAGCUCGGGGAAUACGCCUCCCUAUCCCACCAUGCGUCAACAGAGCUACGGGCCCGGCAUGGUUGGGGCAUGA